AAAUAGUCGGCGUUCUCUGCGCUGCUCCGUAGUUCAUUUUCUGUUUCUCGGCUUCUGCCACUGUUUUCUGUCCCGAGUCUCGUCGUCAGUCGCUUUCGAGGAGUUUUGUGGGGCUGGUGUGUUCAGGUGGUUUUUAUUUUCGACUCGAUUCGUAUCGUAUCGUAUUGUUUCGGGUGUGGGGGGGCUAUGUUCGUUCCAGCUACAAUUCCAUUUUCGCAUUUCGACUGUGUGUGCCUUAAGCUGACUUUCCCAAACAACAAACUAAAAAACUAUACCUUUUUGCCGACGGUUUUGUUUGGGUUUUCCUUUAUUUUUCUCACCCCGCGUACGCUAAAAACUAAAAAAAAAAACCUAAAAGAAAAAACCAACAAACAUUCCCCAAACCACAAUUUUAAAAUGCUUACCCCAGCUACCCGGAUUCUAUGCAAAUAAAACUGUGUCGGUUGUCCACCCCAUGCGAUGGACUCGUGGUCUUGUUUUGCAAAAGUGGUUUCUAAUUGUUUCGACUUCUUCUGGGCCUAACUUGCAAAAAAAACACACUCGUAUUUGGCGAGCAAGUGGCUGGCAGAGAGUGGAAGUGAUAGAAGGAACGGUGGAUGUCAAUGUCAAAGGUCCUUUUGCGGCUGAAUUGUUGAAAAGGAUUUUCCUUAACCCCUUAGUUUCUUAGCAUGGAUAUAGAACAAGACUAGAUUAAUGACGUCUUUAUUGGAGAUUAUCAUGCGAUCUAAAGCGAUUGCAAGAAAGUUCAAUCUGGCAGGCUCCAACGGCAGUGACGACUUCGACCCAAGUGCGAGUGUUGUGCGUCAUCACCACCAUCUCCACCACCACCACCUGGAUCUCAGUGGGAGGAGUCAGGGAUUCCCGCCGCGGCCCGAUCAGAUCGAGGACCCCUUUGCCACUCGCCAUUCGCAGGCAGAAGGGUCUCCGCCAAGCAAUCAGGACCAUCCUCUUCUGCAGAAUCACUCCAAUCAUCUCCAGCUACAGCCCCCGCCUCCCACGUUGCCGGUGCCAGGAAUAGAAUCUGCCGCCGCCGCUGCAGGAUCUGCCGCCAGCAUGGAGAACUUGCAGCUCUUGCAGGAGUGGGCGCGGAGGCGCGAACCCGUCUGUGAUCUGGACAUCCGCGAGAGCGGCGUCUACGCAAAGACCCCACUCCCAAGGGGCACCCGGUACGGGCCCUUUCCGGUGAACCUCUGCCAUCAGCCGAACGAUAUGCAGCUGGCGUGGAAGGCCCAGGCUGGCCACUAUAACGGAUGGCUCGAGCCCACAUCCGAGGUUUCGGCGUGGCUGAAAAAGAUCCGCGUUGUGCAGGACGAGGGCAUUUCGAAGGCCAAUCUGCAGAGCUACAUCGAUCACGGCUGUCUGUGGUACGAGACGAAUUGCCAUGUAAGUGCUGGCGUCGAGAUGGUCGUGGACGGCAGGCCCCAUAGUCCGGUGCAGAUUAAUGAGAGCUUCGUUGCCGGAGGGGGAGUCCUGGCGGCAGCCGCCGCAGCAGCAGCAGCGGCAGUGGCAGCCGCCUCAUCCUCGGGAGUGAACAGUGGAGGCGGUGGCAGCUCCCUGGCGGGCGACGAUCGCAGUGACCGUGAUAAUGGCUCUUUGUACAGCGGUGACGAAUUCCCCAAAGAUAAGAAAAUCAUCCAGGGUGAUAUCGACUUCACAGACGACGAACACGGAUUCGAUAUACGCUGCGAGGUCUGUGAUAAAGUCUAUCCGGACUUAGAACGCUUGGACGAUCAUCUGGUGGGCGUGCAUCACUUCAAGCAGGACGACUUCCCCUGCAAGCUCUGUUCGCAGCGAUUCUGCUAUCGUCCUCUGUUGAUCAAACACGAAGCCAUCUCCCACAACAACAUUCGGAAGUAUUCCUGUGAGAAUUGCACCAAGGUAUUUUGUGACCCCUCGAAUUUACAGCGGCAUAUUCGCGCCUACCACGUCGGAGCUCGCUGUCAUCCGUGUCCGGAGUGCGGGAAAACAUUCGGAACUUCCUCGGGCUUGAAGCAACACCAGCACAUCCACAGCUCGGUAAAGCCCUUCGCCUGCGAGGUCUGCUCCAAGGCGUACACGCAGUUCUCGAACCUGUGCCGGCACAAGCGGAUGCACGCCACCUGCCGGAUGCAGAUAAAGUGCGACAAGUGCAGCCAGAGCUUCAGCACCCUCACGUCCCUGACGAAGCACAAGAAGUUCUGUGAUUCCACCGGAUCGUACCGCCAGCCGCUCAACCGCCAUCAUCCGCAUCAGCAGCCACUGCCGCACCACCAGCACCCGCACACUCAUCCACUGGCAGCCACAGCCACAUCCUCAGGCACAGCCGGAGAGCCCUCAGGACCGGGAUCAGGUUCGGUGCCAGGAUCUUCAUCAUCAGCAGCAGCUGCCGCCGUAGCCGCCAUGUCGACGCCUCCGAAUCCAUUCCUCAUGUUCCGCAACGGAGCCCCCUUCUUUCCGGGCUUUCCGCCAUACGGCCUGCCCGGAAUCUUCCCGCAAAGUCCCCUGCGGGCGGCCAACUUUCCGCUGUUCUUUCCGAAACCGCCUCUGGAUAUGAAUAUGCCAACAUGCCAACCGUUCCGCCAACAGCUGCCCUUCGGGUUACCCGGCAUGGAAAUGCACCAAGGUGAUCCCCAAACGGAUAUCCAGCUGAAGGACGAAAGCAUGGCCUUGAAAGCCGAGAAAAAGCUCAAAGAAGAGCCAAUGGUGCAUGUGUCCGAGGGCGAAGAAGAGGACGAGGAAUCCUUUGACCUCAAGAGGGAAGUGGGGCACGACAAGGACGAGGUAAAGACCGAGGAGCAGCGGAAGGUGAAAACAGAGCCGGAGAGAUCAGACAGCCCGGAUCAGCAGCAGGCCGAGGAUGACAGGAAAUCCAUCGACAUUGUGAGCACACCGCCUCCCACAGAUCCCACCUCCGGAGAAGACCUGGACAAGCCCGCUGCGGAUACUCCUUUGGAUCUGUCUGUCUGCCGCAAGCGCUAUGCUGGCUACUACCCGGAGAUCCUGCAACCCGAAAACCGCCUCUUGUCCUCCAACCUGAUGCGGUUCCUGCCCAGGACCGAAGAAGACGACACCGAAGGAGAGGAGCCGCCAAUGAAGAUGCGAAAGGCGCACAGCUCGGGAGAGUCCUCCACCUCGCAGAAGUCCUACAAGGGCAGCAGCCCCACUCCCACCGCUUCGCCAGGACUCACGCCCUCACCCUCGCCGCCCACGAGUGCCGGCGGCGAGCUGAGCAGCAUGUCCGAGGGGGCAGUAACAGCGGCAGCGGCGGCUGCGGCUGCGGCAGUGGCGGCCGCUGGAGCUGCCGAGGCCGCUCUGGUGGCCCGCUACCAGAGCAACACUGCUCCCCAGAUACACCCCCUGAUGCUGGAGGAGAUCUACCGCAACCGGUAUUCUUUUUUAUGCCCAACGGGCGGACGGCCCGGCAUUGAGGCUCUGCUGCAAAGCGCAGCUUCAAAGAGGCCGCUUCCGCCCGUGAAAUUCGCUACGGGCAACCCAGCACUCAAGACAAAGGACCGGUAUACGUGCAAGUUCUGUGGCAAGGUGUUUCCCCGAUCGGCGAAUCUGACGCGCCAUCUGAGGACCCACACCGGGGAGCAGCCGUAUCCGUGCAAGUACUGCGACCGGGCGUUCAGCAUCUCGUCGAACCUGCAGCGCCACGUGCGGAAUAUCCACAACAAGGAGCGCCCCUUCCGGUGUGAGCUCUGCGACAGGUCCUUCGGCCAGCAGACGAAUCUCGAUCGGCACGUGAAGAAGCACGAGGCGGAGGGCAACAACUUCCGCGACUCGCCCAGCUCCGGCGGGAUGGCGGACCGCGAGGAGUACUUCGAGGAGAUCCGGACCUUCAUGAACCACGUCUACACCCCCAACAGCCUGAUUGGAGCGGAGGGGGACACCGAGGAGUAUCCCAACAGUGAUGACCAGUCUGUGAGCCUCGAAAAGGAUACCAGCAUCAAUCUGAACAACAACAACAAUAGCAGUAACAGCAGCAAAAGCAAUCCAAAAGCUAUAACAAUAAGCUCUUAAGAUCACAUAAGAAACGGACGGAGAAAACCCUGUUAUUGUUAAUGAAAAAAUUUACUUUAACUCUUACUUAAGUGUGCCUCCGAGAGGGAAUCUUAUCUUUAAGUAGUUACCAUUUCCAGAAACGAAAACUACUACUAAACAAAAACCAAACUAAACAUUAGCUAUGCAAUCAAUGGAAAAAGACGGUGAAGCAUCAAACAUAGAACUAUACCAGAUAAUAUAAUCUAUAAAGAACAAGUUAGACCCCGAUACACAUGUAAUAUGGAAACUACUUAGACACCAUCCUCCCCCCAUAUACUAGAGUCCAUUUUCAAAUGUAGUUCAUUCAUACAUCUGUACAUAGACAUAGAUACAUAUAUAUGCGAGUUUUAAUCUUGAAACUUUGUGGAUUAUACAAUAUAUAUAUGGAUAUAUGGAUAUUUUGAUUGUGUAUACACUAAAGUCAGUAAGUCAGUGUAAAUCGAUAAUACUAUGUAAGUAACGUAUUUAUAGAGGUAAUUAUUGCAAUUCUCAACACAAAAUCAAUUUUAUAACAUUUACUUAACGUUUGACUAUAUUAUUAAUAUACAUAUUAUAUAUGAGGAAACCAGAAAGGAUCGUUAUGAAAAAUGAUAAAUCAAUAUAUGAAGGAAUCGCAUUAAAUAAUAA